CAUGCUGCACAAGACCAGAACUCCUGCCUGCUGAGAUUUCACAAAGCAUAGAGGACAGAAACAGGAGACAAGCAUGCAAAAGGAACUAUAAAAACAAGCUUUUUUGCCAAGUUAGUUAUGAUUUAACUCCAAAAUACAGAAUAAAAUCAGUGGUUUGAUCAGUGGAACAAUGGCCACACCUACGGUUGGAAUGUAGCUGUAAUAAAAGUAUUUUAAUCAAGAUUAGAUUUCAUCUCCAAACUUCAAGAAUUUUAAGUACCUCAUGUUACAGAGGAAAAGACUUUGGACUAUAGAAAUGUUUUUGCUAUAGAUCUUUUUAGUGCAAAGUAAAGCAGUGUGUUUGACAAAUGCCUGCCACUUGUUAAAUUUCCCACUUUACCCCCUCCUGUCCCCCAAAGUCAGCUGGGAGGGAACUAUGCUUUGUUCCAACAUAGUUCCCUGCAGAGUUGCCAAGGUUGUUGAAGUUGGAAUUUUCAGUCUCUCGAAGGCUCCUUGUAGAAAAUAACAUGGGAAAAUACUUUCUAUCAUGGACUCUCAUGUUUUGCAUGCUUUGUUCAGUGUCAGGUGAAGGUUGCUCACUAAUCCUCAAGCCCUCCAGGGUUGUGGUAAGCUUUGGGGAGUCGGUGUCAGUCAGCUGUGAAGCUGCACGCCCGGUUCAUGUACUGGGCUGGGAAUCGGCCAUCAGUGCUACACAUACGCAGGAGGACCGGUCUGUCCAGUGGAAGGUUGACAGUCUUAUUGACUGGAUAGAGGAGCCUAUCUGCUAUGGGGUGUUUUUCACAGCUCCCAGACAGUGUGAAGAGAAGCUCAAUCUUGUCCUCUACAAAACUCCAGACAGCGUCUCCAUAAAGCAGGUGAACCACACUGGACCCAUGGUGGAAGGAAAAGAGUACCAGCUCCUCUGUGAGGUCCAGAAUAUUGCUCCUGUUCAGUAUCUCACCCUGAGGUGGUACAGAGGGCAAACUGAAGUUUAUAACCACUCUUUCUCUGACCUCACUUCCUCCUCACCUGUCCAAGUGUCUUCUAUCCUUGUCAUCACCCCAACAAAAGCUGAGAAUGGAGCAGAAUAUAAGUGCGUAGCAGAGCUUGAGCUUGGACCAGAGGGACCACAACCACCGCCUACUGUUGCCUCAGAGCUUCUAACAUCAUCUGUGUAUUUUCCACCAACAUUCCUCAGUCCUGAAACAGAGGUUUUGGAAUUAAUAUUAGGUGAAGAAAUCACCUUAAACUGCACUGCCACAGGAAACCCUGCACCUGUAUAUAGCUGGGAAUCCUCACAUCCCAUACAAGACAAGAUGGAGGAUGAAGCAGUUGUUACUUCUUCCUUGCUGCUUCCAGGGACCUACACCUGCACUGCCUCCAAUAUGCUGGAAAAGAAGAGCAAGCAGUUUGUUGUCAAAGCAAAGACCAAAGGUGUUUGAGGCACGCUAUCUUGAGACGAAUCAGAUCACUGCAUACAGCCUAUGACACUGGGAUUAUUCCACCAAGCAGAUGUUACUGUUGCUGCUUGGGAGGCAGAAAUGAUGUUCAUGAUUCAGUGGAUGUAUAUGAGGAGCCUAUUAUCAUCCAGAGUUAGAUCUCAUAGAGAAAAAGACCUGAACAUACUGCCAUUUAAUGUAUCAGUGUUGGUGUAGCAUGUAGUUCAUGUUUUAUGCUUUCCAUGUGAUAUUCUUUGUCUAAUUUAUAUUUUGGUAGACUCAUUUUCCCACUAAUAAAAGGAGAUCUUGUAACAUUCCAAAAGUAUAGAUUAUCUUGAUAUUUCAAUGACUAGCAGGAAGUUGUUAUUGUAAAUAUUAUGUUUCUUAAUGUUCUUUAUCAAUAAAAAUUAAAU